GAGGCCGAGUUGGGACGGUCGUCGGCUCACAGUGAGCCGCAUACCAUCACCUUCAGAGCGGCAGAGGGAGCAGACAGAGACCGUUACUGCUGUGUGUCAGAAAGUUUAUUCAAUCUCACCGCUCCAUCAGGCCGGGACAAAUCUACAGUUUUAUGAUUGGACUUUAAUCACGGUCUCUUCAUGCAUCAGUCGUAUCCAUAAUAUUUUCCCAAGACCCUUCAGUUGAUUGUUUUGGGGGAUUUUGUGAGCAGAACAGAGCUCACUUCCACUUGCCUGUGGAAACCCGGAGCGAUCGAAGAAAGUUUCUCCCUGUCUCACGAAAAGAGGAAAAUCCGCAUGAUUUAACGACAAACAUGGAAUUCAACCAUCUUGACACACAGCCGGGGAUAAAUCAGUUGACACCCUCAGAAGCACAUCCCCCAGCUGUUCCAGAGACCAAUCCCAGUGAUCCCAGCUCAGAGGAAGUCAACACCCCUUCAAAAACAGAAUCAGGCCUUGAAGCUAGCACGCCUACAGAGAUGGACACUGCAAGGAAAUCAACUACCCCGAAACAGCCAGAUGUCAUUCCAAAGUCCCCUGCGACACCCACUCCGAGGUCGAGUGGUAGCCCUCAGCACAAGAAAGCUGCUAAAAAGUCUCAGUGGCUGGAGAAGGAGGAACGGGCCCGGCAGGUGCGGGAACAGCAGCUGGAGGAGCGGAGGAGGAAGCUGGAGGAGCAGCGGCUGAAAGCAGAGAGGCGCCGCACAGAGCUAGAGGAGAGACAGAAACAGAAACUUGAGAAGAACAAGGAGCGGUAUGAGGCGGCCAUCCAGAGGUCUGGUAAGAAGACAUGGGCAGAGAUUCGGCAGCAGAGAUGGUCCUGGGCAGGAGGCUUGAGUGGCAACUCCAGCCAAAGCCAGAGCAGAUGCUCAAUAUCAGCGGUCAACCUGCCCAAACAUGUGGAUUCAGUCAUAAACAAGCGGCUCUCCAAAUCUUCUGCCACUCUCUGGAUGUCCCCUAGCAGAACUCGUAGCAUGCAGCUGAGUCCCUGGGAGAGCAGCAUUGUGGACAGGCUGAUGACGCCCACUCUCUCCUUCUUGGCUCGUAGUCGCAGUGCUGCCAGUGUGCUGAACAACUCCAGAGAUGCCCAGUCUCUGUUGUGUCCGCGCUCAGCGUCUGCCAGCCCUUUUUCAGCGUGUGCUCAUCGGCCACAUCACCGCUGCUCUGAGCGUUGGAGGGUCACCACCAGCACGCCCGAUAUCGCCCAGCGGAGACGAGACUCCACUCCUAUGAGGAAGGAUAAGAAAGAAAAGGAGAGAGAAAAUGAAAAGGAGAAGAGUACUAUCACCAAAGAGAAGGUGCUGAAGAAGAGACAGUCCAUGCCUUCAAUGAAAACCAGGAUAGAGUCCAGUCCGAGUCCAGUGUCCAAAUUGAGAACUGCGUCUCCUGUGACGCCUGAAGGCCGUGCAUCCUCCCCCAGUCCUGCAGUAUCUCCCAAACCUCCCUCAGCUCGAGCGAGUCCAAGCACUCCUAAAGCCAGACCCAAGAGGGCCAGGACCCCUGCCCGCAUGAAGACCCGCACUGCCUCGCCUGUCACCAUAGAGAGGGUCAAAGAGACCCGCAGGCCUGCAACGCCUGAAGAACCAAAGGUCCUCAUUUUUUCCCCGCUUCGUUUCUCUGUGUUUUCUCCAGCCUCGUCUCCCGUCCCCUCCAUUGUCCUGUCAUCUGUUCCGGACACGUCCCCUGUUGCAAGUGCACCAUUCCUGAGAGUUUCUGCGCCCUCUGUCCCCGAGGAGUCCUCUGUUGUCCCUGCUCUCCCACAGGUGGCUUCUCCAGCUCCUUCUCCAGGCAAACCCAUGGCUGGCACCAAUAACCCAGAGGAAGCCACCCGCAUCCUGGCAGAAAAAAGACGACAGGCCCGUGAACAGAGAGAGAAGGAAGAGCAAGAACGUAGAGAACAUCAGGAGAGAGAAAGGCAUCAGCGCGAGGAGAGGCUAGCACAGGAGGCAGAGGAGAGGAGGCGCAGGGAGGAGGAGGCCAGGCUCAUGGCGGAGCAGGAGAGGUUAAGAGAGGAGGCUCAACACCUGCAGGACGAGAAGGAGGCACAAGAAAGAGCCAAAAUCGAACAAGAGGAGAACGAACGCCUCCAGAAACAGAAAGAGGAGGCUGAAGCAAAGGCCCGAGAGGACGCCGAGAAACAGCGACUGGAGAGAGAGAAACACUUCCAGAAGGAGGAGCAGGAGAGGCUGGAGAGAAAGAAGCGUCUGGAGGAGAUUAUGAAAAGAACACGCAAAACAGAUGCAGGAGACAAGAAAGACACAAAAUCUCCAUCUCAAGUCAAUGGAAAAGCUUCAGAUUCUGAGAUGAAUAAAGCAGCUGCUGACUACCAGCCAAGCACGGAAUUGAAACAAGCUGGUGUGAAUGAAAGUCUGCCUGUUCUUGUGGUGAAUGGUGUUCAGCCUUCCAAACACGAGAAUGGUCUGUCAGCAAAAGGGGCGGCGUCUCACUUCCAAGAGAUCAUUCAGCUGUCCAAUCACAACAACGGACGGGAGAAAUCCGAGAUUGACAGACCUGACGAGCCAAUCAUGGCCUUUGAGAGCGGAGAAUCAUUCCUUAAGAAAACAGGCCCCAUUAAGCCUCAGCAUGUGGCAGAGGUCCUCUGAGGUCGUAAACUGUUGGAUGAAGCCUUAAAUCUGCGAGUCCCUCAACACCGUCUGCCUGAGGGACCCGGUGGAAAGAAGCACAGCAUGCAAGAGACCUGUGCCAAACCCAAAAACUGUCUUCUGUUUAGACUGUACAGAGCCUCUCUUAUGGUGCGUGAUGGAAAUUACAAGGAAGCUACACAACAAUCAAGCUGAGCUAAACGCCAACGUACACCAGAAUCACCAUUCAUCAAGACCCUGACCUCACACACUUUAUGGCAGACCAAUUCAUGCCUCUUUCUGAUCACCACAGUACAAUGUUAGGCUUUUUAGGUUUGUUUUUGUUUUUAAAAAAGGCUUGUGACAAACAAUAAUCCUUGUCGUUAUUCAUGCUGUUAUGGGUUGAAUGCAGAAGUGCUUUGGGUGUUUUAUUUUUCAAUGUUUAGUUAUUUAACUUGGAAGAGAAUUGUAACUACUGGGUACAGUUGUAUGUGAAUAAUGUAAAUUGGAAGAGACAAUCUGUGAAUAAAACAGAAUGAAACGGACAGUCA